UGACGGUAUCAUUGUGUGUCAGGUUCCUAUAAGGUGUCAGGAUGUGGCGGUCUAUUUCUCCAUGGAGGAGUGGGAGUAUGUAGAAGGACACAAGGAUCUGUACCAGGACAUAGUCAUGAUGGAGGAUCACCGGCCCCUCGCAUCACAAGCUGGAGUCAUUGAUAGAAAUCCACCCGAGAGGUGUCCCCGUCCUCUGUAUUCCCAGGACUAUCCAGAGGGAAAUGUCCCAGAGAAGCAUCAGGGGGGAGAUCUGACUAAAAAUAAAGUGGAGGAUGAAGAAGAGAGGAUGAGGGGCCAUCACCCGUGUAUGAGAGAAGUGAAGGAGGAAAUUUCAGGAGGUGUUACCCCAGAAGAUUCUGCUAAGGAUUCUGAAGAAAUCUUGUCCUCCCCGAAUGAUAAAGUAGAAGAUAAUGAAACUGUGCAGAGCUCCUCAGGAGACGACCUCUAUACCCCUGAUCUCCAUCCAAGACGUCACAGGAGAAAACGGUCAUCUAGUAAUCCCCCUCAUUAUAGGGAACCUUCUCCUGACCCACCACAGGCUGUAACCACAAAUACAGACCAGAAAGAGGCGGGAACAUUCGAUAUGAUGAGUGUGAAAAAGCGUUUUUUAAGAAGAUCGGAUCUUUUUACCCCCACACAAAUCCAACCAGAAAAGAAGAAAUACGCCUUUAUAUGUUCAGAAUGUGGAGAAUGUUUUUCAUAUAAUUCGGAGCUGAUUAAACACGAGAGAAUUCACACAGGAGAGAAGCCGUUUGUAUGUUCCGAUUGUGGGAAAUGUUUUGGCCAUAAAUCGAGUCUUGUCAUACAUGAAAGAAGUCAUUCGGGAGAGAAGCCGUACACGUGUUCAGCAUGUGCAAAAUCUUUUGCUCAAAAGUCUGAUCUUGCUAGACACGAGUUAAGUCACACCGGAAUGAAGCCGUUUGCAUGUCUAGAAUGUGGGAAAUGUUUUUCGCAAAAGUCUGAUCUCCUUAGACAUGAGGUAGGUCACUCAGGAAAGAAGCCGUAUUCGUGUUUGGAAUGUGGGAAAAGUUUUACGUAUAAAUCGGAUCUUGUUAAACAUGCGAGGAGCCACACGGGAGAGAAGCCGUACCCAUGUGGGGAAUGCGGGAAAUGUUUUCCCCGUAGAUCAAGUCUAGUUAGACAUGAGAGAACACAUACAGGAGAGAAGCCGUAUUCAUGUUUAGAAUGUGGGAAAGGUUUUGUCACCGACGACAACCUAAAGCAGCAUGAGAUAACUCACACAGGAAAGAAGCCUCUAUGAUGAUCUGCGUGCGGGAAACGUUUUACAUGGAAAUUGGAUUUGGGAAUUCACAAAGAAACACCGACCCCGUUAAUAUACCUGAUGCUCCAGAAUAAUAUUGUGUAGAAUUAAUUACAGAUUUAUUAUGUUUAUACCGGGAAGAAUAGUUACCUGCCCCAUACCUGAUUAUUUUCAUUCUCAUACCCCAAAAGGGGGCGUGGCAUUGACUUGUCCAUGUUUAAAGGGGUACUCCUGUGAAAAAUAUAUUUUAUUUUUUUUCUUCAAUCAACUGGUGCCAGAAAGUUAAACAGAUUUGUAAAUUAUUUUUCUGUAAAAAUCUCAAUCCUUC